GCGACGCGGCUUCUCGAUGGCCAGCCGGCGGCGGAGCAUCGAGCUGGAGCAUUUCGAGGAGAGGGACAAAAGGCAGCACUGGCAGCGCUCGGGCGCCCGCCGGGGUGGGGGCAGCUCCACUUGCAGCAGCAGCUCGGGGCCCAAGGGCAACGGGCUCAUCCCCAGCCCCGCGCACAGCGCCCACUGCAGCUUCUACCGGACGCGCACCCUGCAGGCCCUCAGCUCGGAGAAGAAGGCGAAGAAGGCGCGCUUCUACCGCAACGGGGACAAGUACUUCAAGGGCUUGGUCUACCCCAUCUCCAGCGACCGCUUCCGCUCCUUCGACGCCCUCCUCAUCGAGCUCACCAGGUCCCUGUCGGACAACGUCAACCUGCCCCAGGGAGUUCGCGCCAUCUACACCGUCGACGGCAGUCGCAAGCUGACCAGCCUGGACGAGCUGGUGGACG